AAGCAAAAAUGCAUUUUAUGAAGGUACUGCUUAUAUAAACAUUUGAAAAACAAUAACAUAUGUAUCUGAGACAAACAGAUGUCAUUUUGCUUUAGCAGGUAAAGAUAUGACUGCACCUUCUUUAUAGACACCAACAUGCUGGGUAGUGAAAUUCUCAGAGACUUGUUAGCAUGUAGUACAAGUAACACCCAUCUAAGUAGUAACCUUUAUGUGUAGAUGAAUGUUAAAGCUUCCUAAUGACAGCCUGCCUCAGGUGCCCUCUUUCAGUCACCCUGAAAUCACUCCCUGCUUAUGUGGGGAAAGUGACCUUCAGUAGUUUUCUAUUUUCUGUAUAAUUUGGCCCAAACGUUUUAGUCUGGAUUAAAACCUUUUCUCCUGCCUCCCCUCAAAGUGCCUCAGCUACACUCACCUCUCUGGCACCCUUCAGCAAUUCAAGUGAAUUUGAGCUUUAAUCUUUUGCACCUUGCACCUACCUCUCCGUCAGAACCCCAUUUCAUCUGAGCUGGUUGCUUUCUAUGUGCCUUUUUGGCUUUGGGAUGGACACUGUAACAAGUGAUUUGCAUUUCUGUGCCUCACUGUACUAUGCCCCUCUCUAAGGCUGGCACAGGUCUCCUUCAUUUUAUACUCUACGACCUAAGAGUGCUUAUAGCACAAUGGGUGGUUGGUAUCUAUUAAACGAAUGUGUAAAUGAAUGAUAGAAAGUAAUUGGUGAAAAGUACGCUGAGAUAGAGUCUGAUCACAGGCAAAAAACAAAAAAAAUGAAGAAUUAAUAGUCCAAUGGCACUUUUCUUAUAAAACUGAAUUACAUAGUCAAACCAUCAUUUAAAAUAAUCUUACACGGAAAACAACAUUAAUGUGCGUCUGUUGAGACGGAUUAUGUUGUUUUGGAAUUAGGAAGAGAAUGUGCAGUUCGCUGUUUGCUUUCAGACUGUUUGUUUGUUUUGUUUAUUAAACUGGCGUCUCCAGCUCUGCAGCCCAGCCUGUGGAACCUAAAUGGCCCAGGUCCCAGGAGUUCUCAUCGGAGCCGUGGGCGUCCCCAGGGUUUAGAAAGGCUCCCCAAGGGCCCAGGCUGCCGGCGAGUGCAGCUCCCGCCGGCGCCACCUCUGCGGUCUGGAGCGGCGAGGACGAUCCCAGAGAGGCGCCCCCACUGCCUCGGUCGUCGGGUUCUUAAGUUUUUCUCUCCAAAAAUUUAAUGGAUAGUUUUCUUUUGCUUCUGUUUCUGACUUGAUUAAAGAGGCGGAAAAAAAGGAGUUUGACUCCAAGAAGAAUGAUAGUAGCAGAAGGCGCAUCUGGCUUUACUUUCCAAAUUCCAUCAAAGUUUGUGUUUUGUUUCAUUUGACAGCGAUCCCGUGAACGUCUCCUCUGGGGAAAUGGCGCGACCAAAGCCCGCCAAGCCCAGCCUGCGAACUGGAGGAUUUAUUAAUGUAAUAUUUUAAACAAAACCUCGACAGACACAAACUCAAAGGAAACCGUGCGCUCCUUAAGUCAAAGGCAUCUGUUCUGGAAGCAGAACCCGGUUUGCUGUUGGUAACCAGCGUUAAGAGCAGGAUUUUUAAACAUGAUAAUGGAUAAAAGAAAAGAAAAGCGAAGUCCCGCGGUCCUCUGACUCCUAUUCAUUAUCUCCAGCAGCAUAUGGGACCAUUCUCCUACGUAUCCUCGCCUUUUUCUUCUGAAAAAGCAAAAGCAACCAAGCCUGUCCCGCUUCAGAGCAAUCCUACUCUUUGUGCCUGAGUAGUGCCACCACCACUACUUCCUCCUCCUCCCGCCUCCUCCUACCCCGCCCGCCUGCCGCUGGCUUUCGCUCUGGCGAGGAGGCGGCCGGCUCCCUUUGCGCCGGGAAGCCGGAGCCGCGAUUGGGCGACGGUCCCUGAGCCUCCAGUUCUGCGUCGGUUUCAAGGCUCCUCCCUCCUGGUGAAAGACAGACUGCGGGGCGCCUGGAAACCGGUCCGAGGGCGCCAGAGGCAGAGGAGAGGGAGCGAGUUGAGGGAUUGACACAAAUGGUCAGGCGGCGGCGGCGGAGAAGGAGGCGGAGGCGCAGGGGGGAGCCGAGCCCGCUGGGCUGCGGAGAGUUGCGCUCUCUACGGGGCCGCGGCCACUAGCGCGGCGCCGCCAGCCGGGAGCCAGCGAGCCGAGGGCCAGGAAGGCGGGACACGACCCCGGCGCGCCCGAGCCACCCGGGUUCUCCCCGCCGCCCGCGCUUCAUGAAUCGCAAGUUUCCGCGGCGGCGGCGGCUGCGGUACGCAGAACAGGAGCCGGGGGAGCGGGCCGAAAGCGGCUUGGGCUCGACGGAGGGCACCGGCGCAGAGGUCUCCCUGGCCGCAGGGGGAGCCGCCGCCGGCCGUGCCCCUGGCAGCCCCAGCGGAGCGGCGCCAAGAGAGGAGCCGAGAAAGUAUGGCUGAGGAGGAGGCGCCUAAGAAGUCCCGGGCCGCCGGCGGUGGCGCGAGCUGGGAACUUUGUGCCGGGGCGCUCUCGGCCCGGCUGGCGGAGGAGGGCAGCGGGGACGCCGGUGGCCGCCGCCGCCCCCCAGUUGAUCCCCGGCGAUUGGCGCGCCAGCUGCUGCUGCUGCUCUGGCUGCUGGAGACUCCGCUGCUGCUGGGGGUCCGGGCCCAGGCGGCGGGCCAGGGGCCAGGCCAGGGGCCCGGGCCGGGGCAGCAACCGCCGCCGCCGCCUCAGCAGCAACAGAGCGGGCAGCAGUACAACGGCGAGCGGGGCAUCUCCAUCCCGGACCACGGCUAUUGCCAGCCCAUCUCCAUCCCGCUGUGUACGGACAUCGCGUACAACCAGACCAUCAUGCCCAACCUGCUGGGCCACACGAACCAGGAGGACGCGGGCCUGGAGGUGCACCAGUUCUACCCUCUAGUGAAAGUGCAGUGUUCCGCUGAGCUCAAGUUCUUCCUGUGCUCCAUGUACGCGCCCGUGUGCACCGUGCUAGAGCAGGCGCUGCCGCCCUGCCGCUCCCUGUGCGAGCGCGCGCGCCAGGGCUGCGAGGCGCUCAUGAACAAGUUCGGCUUCCAGUGGCCAGACACGCUCAAGUGCGAGAAGUUCCCGGUGCACGGCGCCGGCGAGCUGUGCGUGGGCCAGAACACGUCGGACAAGGGCACCCCGACGCCCUCGCUGCUUCCAGAGUUCUGGACCAGCAACCCUCAGCACGGCGGCGGAGGGCACCGUGGCGGCUUCCCGGGGGGCGCCGGCGCGUCGGAGCGAGGCAAGUUCUCCUGCCCGCGCGCCCUCAAGGUGCCCUCCUACCUCAACUACCACUUCCUGGGGGAGAAGGACUGCGGCGCACCCUGUGAGCCGACCAAGGUGUAUGGGCUCAUGUACUUCGGGCCCGAGGAGCUGCGCUUCUCGCGCACCUGGAUUGGCAUUUGGUCAGUGCUGUGCUGCGCCUCCACGCUCUUCACGGUGCUUACGUACCUGGUGGACAUGCGGCGCUUCAGCUACCCGGAGCGGCCCAUCAUCUUCUUGUCCGGCUGUUACACGGCUGUGGCCGUGGCCUACAUCGCCGGCUUCCUCCUGGAAGACCGAGUGGUGUGUAAUGACAAGUUCGCCGAGGACGGGGCACGCACUGUGGCGCAGGGCACCAAGAAGGAGGGCUGCACCAUCCUCUUCAUGAUGCUCUACUUCUUCAGCAUGGCCAGCUCCAUCUGGUGGGUGAUCCUGUCGCUCACCUGGUUCCUGGCGGCUGGCAUGAAGUGGGGCCACGAGGCCAUCGAAGCCAACUCACAGUAUUUUCACCUGGCCGCCUGGGCUGUGCCGGCCAUCAAGACCAUCACCAUCCUGGCGCUGGGCCAGGUGGACGGCGAUGUGCUGAGCGGAGUGUGCUUCGUGGGGCUUAACAACGUGGACGCGCUGCGUGGCUUCGUGCUGGCGCCCCUCUUCGUGUACCUGUUUAUCGGCACGUCCUUUCUGCUGGCCGGCUUUGUGUCGCUCUUCCGCAUCCGCACCAUCAUGAAGCACGAUGGCACCAAGACCGAGAAGCUGGAGAAGCUCAUGGUGCGCAUUGGCGUCUUCAGCGUGCUGUACACUGUGCCAGCCACCAUCGUCAUCGCCUGCUACUUCUACGAGCAGGCCUUCCGGGACCAGUGGGAACGCAGCUGGGUGGCCCAGAGCUGCAAGAGCUACGCUAUCCCCUGCCCUCACCUCCAGGCGGGCGGAGGCGCCCCGCCGCACCCGCCCAUGAGCCCGGACUUCACGGUCUUCAUGAUUAAGUACCUUAUGACGCUGAUCGUGGGCAUCACGUCGGGCUUCUGGAUCUGGUCCGGCAAGACCCUCAAUUCCUGGAGGAAGUUCUACACGAGGCUCACCAACAGCAAACAAGGGGAGACUACAGUCUGAGACCCGGGGCUCAGCCCAUGCCCAGGCCUCGGCCGGGGCGCAGCGAUCCCCCAAAGCCAGCGCCGUGGAGUUCGUGCCAAUCCUGACAUCUCGAGGUUUCCUCACUAGACAACUCUCUUUCGCAGGCUCGUUUGAACAACUCAGCUCCUGCAAAAGCUUCCGUCCCUGAGGCAAAAGGACACGAGGGCCCGACUGCCAGAGGGAGGAUGGACAGACCUCUUGCCCUCACACUCUGGUACCAGGACUGUUCGCUUUUAUGAUUGUAAAUAGCCUGUGUAAGAUUUUUGUAAGUAUAUUUGUAUUUAAAUGACGACCGAUCACGCGUUUUUCUUUUUCAAAAGUUUUUAAUUAUUUAGGGCGGUUUAACCAUUUGAGGCUUUUCCUUCUUGCCCUUUUCGGAGUAUUGCAAAGGAACUAAAACUGGAGUGCAACCGCACAGCGCUCCUGGUCGUCCUCGCGCACCUCUCCCUACCGCGGGUGCUCGGGACGGCUGGGCGCCAGCUCCGGGGCGAGUUCAGCACUGCGGGGUGCGACUAGGGCUGCGCUGCCAGGGUCACUUCCCGCCUCCUCCUUCUGACCCCUCCCCCUCCUUCUGUCCCCUCCCUUUCUUUCCUGGCUUGAGGUAGGGGCUCUUAAGGUACAGAACUCCACAAACCUUCCAAAUCUGGAGGUGGGCCUCCAUACAUUACAAUUCCUCCCUUGCUCGGCGGUGGAUUGCGAAGGCCCGUCCCUUCGACUUCCUGAAGCUGGAUUUUUAACUGUCCAGAACUUUCCUCCAACUUCAUGGGAGCCCACGGGUGUGGGCGCUGGCAGUCUCAGCCUCCCUCCACGGUCACCUUCAACGCCCAGACACUCCCUUCUCCCACCUUAGUUGGUUACAGGGUGAGUGAGAUAACCAAUGCCAAACUUUUUGAAGUCUAAUUUUUGAGGGGUGAGCUCAUUUCAUUCUCUAGUGUCUAAAACCUGGUAUGGGUUUGGCCAGCGUCAUGGAAAGAUGUGGUUACUGAGAUUUGGGAAGAAGCAUGAAGCUUUGUGUGGGUUGGAAGAGACUGAAGAUAUGGGUUAUAAAAUGUUAAUUCUAAUUGCAUACGGAUGCCUGGCAACCUGCCUUUGAGAAUGAGACAGCCUGCGCUUAGAUUUUACCGGUCUGUAAAAUGGAAAUGUUGAGGUCACCUGGAAAGCUUUGUUUAGGAGUUGAUGUUUGCUUUCCUUAACAAGACAGCAAAACGUAAACAGAAAUUGAAAACUUGAAGGAUAUUUCAGUGUCAUGGACUUCCUCAAAAUGAAGUGCUAUUUUCUUAUUUUUAAUCAAAUAACUAGACAUAUAUCAGAAACUUUAAAAUGUAAAAGUUGUACACUUUCAACAUUUUAUUACGAUUAUUAUUCAGCAGCACAUUCUGAGGGAGGAACAAUUCACACCACCAAUAAUAACCUGGUAAGAUUUCAGGAGGUAAAGAAGGUGGAAUAAUUGACGGGGAGAUAGCGCCUGAAAUAAACAAAAUAUGGGCAUGCAUGCUAAAGGGAAAAUGUGUGCAGGUCUACUGCAUUAAAUCCUGUGUGCUCCUCUUUUGGAUUUACAGAAAUGUGUCAAAUGUAAAUCUUUCGAAGCCAUUUAAAAAUAUUCACUUUAGUUCUCUGUGAAGAAGAGGAGAAAAGCAAUCCUCCUGAUUGUAUUGUUUUAAACUUUAAGAAUUUAUCAAAAUGCCGGUACUUAAGAUCUAAAUUUAUCUAUAUCUGUCAUACGCUAAAAUGAUAUUGGUCUUUGAAUUUGGUAUACAUUUAUUCUGUUCACUAUCACAAAAUCAUCUAUAUUUAUAGAGGAAUAGAAGUUUAUAUAUAUAUAAUACCAUAUUUUUAAUUUCGCAAAUAAAAAAUUCAAAGUUUUGUACAAAAUUAUAUGGAUUUUGUGCCUGAAAAUAAUAGAGCUUGAGCUGUCUGAACUAUUUUACAUUUUAUGGUGUCUCAUAGCCAAUCCCACAGUGUAAAAAUUCAGGAAUUCAAUGAAAAAAGUCUACCCUUAAACCCUCAGAUCAGUCUUUCCAAAGAAUUACUCUGUUUGCAUUGUUGUGAUUGACAUUUGUGAAGUCCCAAGAAAAGAUCUGUUUUCAUGACAGUAGAAAAUAGAAGUUUGCAAAUUAUUUCUUUACUCAAAGAGGAUUAAAAGAGAACUCUAAUUUUAAUAUUAAAGCUUUCUUUUCUUUCAGGGAAUAAAUUUACAUGACUUUUUAUAUUAUGGAGGUUUAUUUUUAAAUCAUCACCUUUCACAUAUUUUUUAGAGGUAUUGUCUUAUCUCUUCCAUAAUCUUGGAUAUUACAAAACCCUAAAUAGGCAAUCAAUAAAUGGUUAACUGGC